GUCAAAUGACAAUUGACAACUUUACUGAAAAAAUACAAAAUCGUUCAGAUUUGAAAAAAUAAAGUCUGUAGGAUAUAUAGUAAAUCAUUUUUAUUUUUAUAGAUUAAAACAAACAGAUACCCGGAUUUAGAAAUGUGAUAUAGUUUUCAUACUAAAAUGGCAUUAUACGAAGGCAUUGCCCUAAUUCAAGAAAAGCAAGCUGUAGUCCUAGAUUUGGGAACAGACUAUACCAAAUUUGGUUUCACCGGUGAAGCAGCACCCCGUUGUAUCAUUCCAUCUGAAUACUGGUGUACCUCUGAGAGGAGGUUCAAGAGAGUGUACGACUACAAUAAUGAGGAAGAGCUGUAUGACAACCUUGUGCACAUGCUGCAUUUACUGUAUUUCAGGCACGUACUGGUGAAUCCAAAGGAGAGAAAAGUAGUAGUCGUGGAGUCCUUACUCUCUCCAACAAUGUUCCGGGAGACACUCGCUAAAGUACUCUUUCUACAUUAUGAGGUGUCGGGCGUGAUGUGGGCGGACAGCGCGCGGCUGUGCGCGCUCACGCUCGGCGCGCCCGUCGCGCUCGUCGUGUCGCUCGGCGCCCGCGACGCCGAGGUGGUCGCAGUCGUGCACGGCUGUCCGGUGCUGCAAGCGAUACAGUCGCAGCCGCUCGGCGCGCGCGCCAUACACGACGAGCUGGCGCGGCUCCUCGACCGGGACAACGGCACCGAGCUGCAUCUGCCCGACCACGUGCUCGAGGACAUCAAAGUGCGCGCCUGCUUCGUGCCGGGGCGCGCGCGGGCGCUGCAGCUGGCGGGGGGGGGCGCGCCCGCCGCCCGCGCCGCGCCCUACACGCGCGCCGAGCGCUCGCUCUCCGUGAGCGGCGCGGCGCGCGAGCUGGCCGCCGAGCCGCUGUUCGCGCGCGACAACGAGAUGGCGUCGCUGCCGGACGCCGUGCUGCAGUGCAUCGCGCUCUGCCCGAUCGACGCGCGGCGCGAGCUCGCCGAGAACGUGCUCGUGACGGGCGGCACGGCCGCGCUGCCCGGCCUGAGGGCGCGCCUCGCGCAGGAGCUGCGGCAUCUGGUCACCCUGCCGCCCUACAGGGACCGGCUCCGCGUCUCGAAGUUCAAGUUCCACACGGCGCCGGCGCACGACAACGCGGCGGCGUGGGUGGGCGGCGCGCUGUGCGGCGCGGCCGACGGCGGCGCGCGCGCGCUGGCCCGCGACGCCUUCGCGCGCGAGCGCCGCCUCGCCGACUGGCCGAGCCUGCUGCACACCACGCCGCGCACGCACCCGCACUGGGACGAGCUGGCGGAGGCCGAGCCGCUCGGAUAGAAAUGUCUUACGUUCGAGGAUUAAAGAAGUCUAUGCUUAUUUG